UUUAACACUCGAACAAUAUAUAUCUACUCUCGGCGGGCUCUAUGAUGGAUUCGGAGUCGUCCAUGUAUUCGAUAUCCUCGGAAUUGUCCAUGUUCUCGGAAUGGUACCUAUGGGAUGUCAUUUCUCUAAUGAAAGAUGCCUUAGACGGGGAUGAGGAUGAGGAAUCGGAGAAGAAAUCGAAGUUCAUAUCAGUUAUGAUUCGAAUAAUCUAUGUGGUGAGGUCAAUGGAUUUGGAUUCAGCAGAACCGGACUCGAAGCUCAUAUCACUCAUUAAGCAAACAAUUGCCGUCGGUAAAUCUAUACCGGAUUCAGAAGAACCGGAGUCGCAAUUGGUAUCGCUCGUCACUCGAUCGAUCCCUCUCAUCAGUUCCACCGCGUCGGAGCCGGAGCUGACGUCACUCGUUGAUCAAAUGUACUCGUGUUUAAAAUCUGUGGGUUUAUUAGAAAAAAAAGCGGCGGAGGAUUCGAAGCUUUCUUCACUCAUUCUUCAGAUCAUCUCUCUCCCCCAGUUCACAUCAUCUCCGGAACUGGGCCCGACGGAUUUGCUAUUAAUAACCAUUUCUGAGAUAAAAUCUGUCUUAACUAGCCCACCCGGGGAUGAGGAUGAGGAAUCAGAGAAGAAAUCCAAGUUCGUAUUACUCAUUAUUGAAGUAAUCUCUCUGGUGAGCUCAAUGGAUUUUGAUUCAGCAGAACCGGACUCGAAGCUCAUAUCACUCAUUAAGCAAACGAUCUCCGUCGGCAAAUCUAUACCGGAUUCAGAACCGGAGUCGCAAUUAGUAUCGCUCGUGGCUCGAUCGAUCCCUCUCAUCGGUUCCACCGAGUCGGAGACGGAGCUGACGUCACUCGUUGGUCAACUUUACUCGUAUUUCCAAUCCGAGGGUUUCAAAACGGAUUCAGAGCUUUCGUCGCUCGUUCUUCAGUUCAUCUCUUUCUCCCGGUUCGAACCCGACCUGCCGGAGUCGCAGCUAUUACCACUCAUUAAGAAACUAAUGUCUUUCACCGUUUAUGACUCGGCGAGUAUACUUUCGAGGAAAAUGAUGUCAAAUCUCGUAUCAACAACUAUUCAAAUUAUUACUCUGCUCAACUUUACCAAUUUCAAUUUGGAUUCGCUGCAGAAGCAAGAGCCGGAGCUGACGCCACUCAUCUCUCAGGCCAUCUCACUCUUCAAUUCUAUGGAUUUCGAUUCCCAGCCUGAGCCGCUAAGAAAGAUUGAUAAUGAUUACGGGGGCUAUUCUUGCGUCAAGGAUGGUUGUUCUUCUUCUGCUCAUUCGAAAUGUGCCACACAGAGCAAUGUGUGGGAUGGCAUAGAACUUGAGGGAGUGCUUGAAGAAAUCGAAGAACAACUUGAACCAUUUGUGACGAUAAGUGAUGGAGUCAUACAACAUUUCAGCCAUCAACAUCAUCAUUUAAGACUUGAUGAGAACACGGAUAGAGAGUACGAUGAGGAUAAGCUAUGUCAAGCAUGUGUCAUGCCAAUCUAUUUUGGUAACUUGUACUCUUGUAUGCAAUGUGAGUGUUUUCUACACGAAACAUGUGCAAAUCUUUCUCGCAAAUUAAAUCACCCGAUACAUCCACAUCUACUCACUCUAAUGAGAAGAUAUGAAGGUGUUAUGGGAAACAAAAAAAAUAACUGUUCAGCUUGUCCUUGGGAGUGCAAAACUGGUUCCCUCUAUGAAUGUGGCGAAGAAGAAUGUUCUUUCCGGCUACAUGUGCAGUGUGCCACAGUUUCUGAGCCAUUAGACCACGGAAGUCAUAUGCAUCCUUUGUUCUUAACAUCCAAACCGGGAGAGCGAAGAAUUUGUUCGGUUUGCAAAGAGACUGAGUCAAGACGUUCUUUCCCUUCUACAGAUGAAACAUUCAAUUGCAUUGAGUGUGACUUUGUUUUGUGUUUCAAAUGUGCUACUUUGCCUCAAAAGGUGAGGUAUAAGUAUGAUAAGCAUAUGCUCACUCUUUCUUAUGGGGAGGAGACAACUCAGACAAGUACCAUGAUGUCUUGGUGUGAAGUCUGCGAGCAGGCAAUAAAUCACAAGGAGCGGUUUUACAUGUGUGAUGAGUAUUGUUGUGUCACACUACACGUUGAAUGUAUGCUUGGGAGGGACUUAUACAUGAAGCCCGGUUCAUCGUGGAAUAAUGACAGCGCUGUUCGUAUGAUACAUCUUCUACCCAACAAUCAUCACAUGUCUCGACCUAUUUGUUUCGUUUGUAAGAAGCGGUGUCUACACAAAUUAGUUUUUUUUAUGGACCCUGAAAUAGUAUUUUGUUCCACAUUAUGUUAUCAUGAGAUGUUAAAUUUUUAGAUUACUGAAUGAAUAA